UAGCCUUUUCCAUUAACCUUCCCUUCUUACGCAACGGUUAAUGACUUUUGGGGCUGUUUUGCUUUUUGUUUCUGCUGAGUCACGAAAUUGUGCCUCUUUGUCCCCAGGUGCUGCUCAGCAUAAAAGUUAAAAGUGCCAUUCAGGAAGCACUGGGAUUCUGUGUAGAGCGGAGGAAACCAUUUCCCUAAGAGAAGCUCCGUUCCUUGGUUUGUCCUUCCUUCCCGGGAAGGAAGCUUCCGAGGAGCGAAGGGAUCAGCCCGCUUUGCCCGCAGAAGCAGCCCGGUGCUCGGCUGAGGGUUCCCAGCUGGCUGUGAACUGAGGAGCGUUCUAGGCGCCUGGCCGGCUCAGCUCAAUGCACAACCUCCCCCUUCUCCAAAGACUCAAUUCCUACAGAACCAGCUUCGAGUUACUUUCCCUUCAAGGAGGCUGAAAUAAUCGUGAUUUGUGGCGCUCUCCCUUCGCGGUGGUAUUUUCCUGUUGUGUUAAAUGCCUCUUACUAAGUAAUAGAUGUGAUUUAUGUGGACGACGAAGGGGUGUGUGGUGAAUUCGGUGAUUAAUCAGUGAAUUCCCAUCCGCUGGCAUCUCUCACUGCCCCUCUUGCGUGAUGUAAGAUCAGACGUACCCUGCAUUGAAAAGUCAAGACACACGGGCGGCUCGCUCGCGCUCACACACGCUCUCCCUCCUCUCUCCCGCACGCGCGCAUCCCUGCACCUUCCACAUCCUGCUCCAGGCAGGAGAAGGCGGACUGGCUGGACUCAUUGAGCUGAAGAAUUUCCAGUGACAUUUGUAAAUGACGCCGCUCGAUUCGGGGCUCCAAGCCGCCGCCGCCGGGCCGAGGGUGCCGCGGAGCAGUCUCCAGCGCAGGCUUCCUUACCGGGCGACCACAAUGUCCGAGCUCCUCCUCGCCUUACUCACUCUCUCGGGAUUACUGCCGAUCGCCAGGGUGCUGACAGUGGGAGCCGACCGAGAUCAGCAGUUGUGUGAUCCUGGUGAAUUUCUUUGCCACGAUCACGUGACUUGUGUCUCCCAGAGCUGGCUGUGUGAUGGGGACCCUGACUGCCCUGAUGAUUCAGACGAGUCUUUAGAUACCUGUCCUGAGGAGGUAGAAAUCAAGUGCCCCUUGAAUCACAUUGCUUGCCUUGGUACCAACAAAUGUGUUCAUUUAUCCCAGCUGUGCAAUGGUGUCUUCGACUGCCCAGAUGGGUAUGAUGAAGGAGUACAUUGCCAGGAACUAUUAUCCAAUUGCCAACAGUUGAAUUGUCAGUAUAAAUGUACAAUGGUCAGAAAUAGUACAAGAUGUUACUGUGAGGAUGGAUUUGAAAUAAAAGAAGAUGGGAGAAGCUGUAAAGAUCAAGAUGAAUGUGCUGUUUAUGGUACAUGCAGCCAGACCUGCACGAAUACACACGGAUCUUACACUUGCAGUUGUGUGGAAGGCUACCUAAUGCAACCAGACAACAGGUCUUGCAAGGCUAAAAUUGAACCUACAGAUAGGCCACCUAUACUAUUAAUCAAAAAUUUUGAAACAAUUGAGGUUUUCCAUCUUAAUGGAAGUAAAAUAGCAACCUUAAGCUCAGUCAAUGGAAAUGAAAUUCAUACUCUGGAUUUUAUUUAUAAUGAAGAUAUGAUUUGUUGGAUUGAAUCAAGAGAGUCUUCAAAUCAACUCAAAUGUAUCCAGAUAACAAAAGCAGGAGGAUUAACAGAUGAAUGGACAAUCAAUAUUCUUCAAUCCUUCCAUAAUGUGCAACAAAUGGCAAUUGACUGGCUCACCCGAAAUCUCUAUUUUGUGGACCAUGUCAGUGACCGGAUCUUUGUUUGUAAUUACAACGGUUCUGUAUGUGUCACCCUGAUUGAUCUGGAGCUUCACAAUCCUAAGGCAAUAGCAGUAGACCCAAUGGCAGGAAAACUUUUCUUUACUGACUAUGGGAAUGUCGCCAAAGUGGAGAGAUGUGACAUGGAUGGGAUGAACAGAACAAGGAUAAUCGAUUCAAAGACAGAGCAGCCAGCUGCACUGGCACUAGACCUAGUCAACAAAUUGGUUUACUGGGUAGAUCUUUACUUGGACUAUGUGGGAGUAGUGGACUAUCAAGGAAAAAAUAGAUACACUAUCAUUCAAGGCAGACAAGUCAGACAUCUUUAUGGUAUAACUGUGUUUGAAGAUUAUUUGUAUGCAACCAAUUCUGAUAACUACAAUAUUAUAAGGAUAAACCGAUUUAAUGGCACUGAUAUUCGCUCGUUAAUUAAAAUGGAAAAUGCUCAGGGAAUCCGAAUUUAUCAAAAAAGAACUCAACCAACAGUCAGAAGCCAUGCAUGUGAAGUGGAUCCAUAUGGAAUGCCAGGGGGCUGUUCACACAUCUGUCUACUCAGCAGCAGUUACAAAACUCGGACCUGUCGCUGCAGGACUGGCUUCAACUUGGGAAGUGAUGGCAGGUCAUGCAAAAGACCAAAGAAUGAGUUGUUCCUCUUUUAUGGAAAAGGGCGCCCAGGAAUUGUUAGAGGAAUGGACUUGAAUACCAAGAUAGCUGAUGAAUACAUGAUCCCCAUAGAAAAUCUCGUAAACCCUCGUGCUUUAGAUUUUCACGCAGAAACCAAUUAUAUCUACUUUGCUGACACCACCAGUUUCCUAAUUGGCCGGCAGAAGAUAGAUGGCACAGAGCGAGAAACCAUCCUGAAAGAUGAUCUGGAUAAUGUGGAGGGCAUUGCUGUGGACUGGAUUGGAAAUAAUCUUUACUGGACCAAUGAUGGCCAUAGGAAGACCAUUAAUGUGGCCAGGUUGGAAAAAGCUUCUCAGAGUCGGAAGACUCUUUUAGAGGGUGAAAUGUCUCAUCCCAGAGGAAUCGUGGUGGAUCCAGUUAAUGGUUGGAUGUACUGGACAGACUGGGAGGAAGAUGAAAUAGAUGACAGCGUGGGAAGGAUUGAGAAGGCCUGGAUGGAUGGAUUCAAUCGGCAGAUUUUUGUGACUUCAAAUAUGCUGUGGCCAAACGGUUUAACUCUGGACUUUCACACCAACACAUUAUACUGGUGUGAUGCCUAUUAUGAUCAUAUUGAAAAAGUGUUUUUGAAUGGAACUCACAGGAAGAUUGUUUACAGUGGGAGAGAGUUGAACCACCCUUUUGGACUGUCGCAUCAUGGAAAUUAUGUGUUCUGGACUGAUUAUAUGAAUGGUUCCAUUUUUCAACUAGAUUUGAUAACGAGUGAGGUGAUAUUGCUGAGGCAUGAAAGACCACCCCUAUUUGGGCUUCAGAUUUAUGAUCCACGAAGGCAACAAGGUGACAAUAUGUGCCGAGUAAAUAAUGGGGGCUGUAGUACACUUUGCUUGGCUAUCCCAGGAGGCCGGGUGUGUGCUUGUGCUGAUAAUCAACUUUUGGAUGAAAAUGGGACAACCUGCACAUUUAAUCCUGGAGAGGUACUACCUCACAUAUGUAAAGCUGGAGAAUUUCGCUGCAAAAACAGACACUGUAUCCAAGCUCGGUGGAAAUGCGACGGAGAUGAUGACUGCCUAGAUGGAAGUGAUGAGGAUUCAGUAAACUGCUUCAAUCAUAGCUGUCCUGAUGAUCAGUUUAAAUGCCAGAAUAAUCGCUGCAUCCCUAAGAGAUGGCUUUGUGAUGGAACUAAUGACUGUGGGGGCAAUGAAGACGAAUCCAAUCAAACUUGCACAGCCAGAACAUGCCAGGUAGACCAGUUUUCUUGUGGAAAUGGGCGUUGCAUUCCCAGAGCAUGGCUAUGUGACAGGGAAGACGACUGUGGUGACCAGACAGAUGAAAUGGCAUCCUGUGGUAAGUUGGCGGAUACAGUGCGCUAUGAUCGGGAAAUGAAGGAUGAUGGACCAGCUAAGGGAGGCAAGAAGAAGGAUCCUAAUGCCCCUAAAAGGCCACCGUCUGGCCUCUUCCUGUUCUGCUCAGAAUUCCGUCCCAAGAUCAAAUCCACAAACCCUGGCAUCUCUAUUGGAGACGUGGCAAAAAAGCUGGGUGAGAUGUGGAAUAACCUAAAUGACAGCGAAAAGCAGCCUUGUAUCACUAAGGCGGCAAAGCUGAAGGAGAAGUAUGAGAAGGAUGUUGCUGACUAUAAGUCGAAAGGAAAGUUUGAUAGUGCAAAGAGUCCCGCUAAAGUCGCCCAGAAAAAAAAACUUGCAUUUGUGGAGGCGGUGUCCUCUCCACCCUGUCGGGUCCUGAAUGAGUACAAGUUAUGGUCAUGGUCGCAGCCUGAUCUCCAUGUAUUCAUAGCCAUUCCCUCUCCCAUCAGAAUUGUUUGUCCUCUCCUGGAAUCUACUGAUCUUUUUACCCUCUCCAUGGUUUUGCCUUUUUCAGAGUGUCAUGUCAUUGAAUCUCAUAGGAGAUGCAUCAACAAAGCAUGGGUGUGUGACGGAGAUAUUGAUUGUGAAGAUCAGUCAGAUGAAGAUGAUUGUGACAGUUUCUUGUGUGGACCACCCAAGUAUCCUUGUGCUAAUGACACCUCAGUCUGCCUGCAGCCAGAGAAACUCUGCAAUGGGAAAAAGGAUUGUGCUGAUGGCUCUGAUGAAGGCGAUCUCUGUGAUGAAUGUUCACUGAACAAUGGAGGCUGUAGCAACCACUGUUCUGUUGUUCCUGGAAGAGGAAUUGUCUGUUCCUGCCCUGAAGGACUUCAACUCAACAAAGACAAUAAAACAUGUGAAAUCGUGGAUUAUUGUAGCAAUCAUCUAAAGUGCAGCCAAGUGUGUGAGCAGCACAAGCACACAGUCAAGUGCUCAUGUUAUGAAGGUUGGAAGCUGGAUGUAGAUGGUGAAAGUUGCACAAGUGUUGAUCCUUUUGAAGCAUUCAUCAUCUUUUCUAUUCGUCAUGAGAUCAGAAGGAUUGAUCUUCACAAAAGAGACUAUAGUCUACUUGUUCCUGGAUUGAGAAACACAAUAGCACUUGAUUUUCACUUCAAUCAAAGUUUACUUUAUUGGACAGAUGUUGUAGAAGACAGAAUAUACCGGGGAAAACUUUCUGAAAGUGGAGGUGUCAGUGCCAUUGAAGUGGUUGUGGAGCAUGGCCUGGCUACUCCAGAAGGCCUGACAGUUGACUGGAUAGCAGGAAACAUAUACUGGAUAGACAGUAAUCUGGACCAAAUUGAAGUGGCCAAACUAGACGGCUCCCUAAGAACUACACUAAUAGCAGGAGCCAUGGAACACCCAAGGGCCAUUGCUUUGGACCCAAGAUAUGGAAUUCUUUUCUGGACAGACUGGGAUGCAAAUUUUCCUCGCAUUGAAUCUGCUUCUAUGAGUGGUGCUGGGAGAAAAACCAUCUACAAAGACAUGAAAACUGGGGCUUGGCCUAAUGGACUAACUGUGGACCACUUUGAGAAAAGGAUAGUUUGGACAGAUGCCAGGUCAGAUGCUAUUUAUUCAGCCCUCUAUGAUGGAACAAACAUGAUAGAAAUCAUCCGAGGUCAUGAAUACCUUUCCCAUCCCUUUGCUGUGUCUCUAUAUGGGAGUGAUGUCUACUGGACAGACUGGAGGACCAACACAUUGUCCAAAGCCAAUAAGUGGACAGGGCAGAAUGUCAGUGUGAUUCAGAAAACCAGUGCACAGCCAUUUGACCUUCAGAUAUACCAUCCCAGUCGCCAGCCACAGGCUCCCAAUCCUUGUGAAGCUAAUGACGGCAAAGGCCCCUGCUCUCACAUGUGUCUGAUCAAUCACAAUAGGAGUGCUGCAUGUGCGUGCCCCCACUUGAUGAAGCUUUCCUCAGACAAGAAGACCUGCUAUGAAAUGAAAAAGUUUCUUCUUUAUGCAAGACAUUCGGAAAUCAGAGGAGUGGAUAUUGACAAUCCAUAUUUUAACUUUAUCACGGCAUUUACAGUCCCUGAUAUUGAUGAUGUUACUGUGAUAGACUUCGAUGCAUCUGAGGAACGUUUAUAUUGGACAGACAUUAAAACGCAAACUAUCAAACGAGCUUUUAUUAAUGGAACUGGUUUAGAAACUGUUAUUUCAAGAGAUAUUCAGAGUAUCAGAGGGCUAGCAGUGGAUUGGGUGUCACGUAAUUUAUACUGGAUUAGCUCAGAAUUUGAUGAAACGCAAAUUAAUGUGGCAAGGCUAGACGGCUCUUUGAAAACCUCAAUUAUCCAUGGAAUCGAUAAGCCACAGUGUCUUGCAGCUCACCCAGUCAGGGGAAAACUCUACUGGACUGAUGGAAACACAAUUAACAUGGCAAAUAUGGAUGGCAGUAAUAGCAAGAUUCUGUUUCAGAAUCAGAAGGAGCCAGUUGGUCUAUCAAUAGACUAUGUGGAAAACAAACUUUAUUGGAUCAGUUCGGGGAAUGGAACCAUAAAUAGAUGCAACCUGGAUGGUGGUAAUUUAGAAGUAAUCGAGUCAAUGAAAGAAGAAUUAACAAAAGCUACAGCCCUAACCAUCAUGGAUAAGAAAUUGUGGUGGGCAGACCAAAACUUAGCUCAGCUGGGAACCUGCAGCAAAAGAGAUGGAAGAAACCCCACCAUCCUAAGAAAUAAGACUUCUGGGGUAGUUCAUAUGAAAGUAUAUGAUAAAGAAGCACAGCAAGGUAGCAAUUCCUGCCAACUAAAUAAUGGUGGAUGCUCUCAACUCUGUUUACCAACAUCUGAAACUACAAGGACUUGUAUGUGUACAGUGGGAUAUUAUCUCCAAAAGAACCGCAUGUCAUGUCAAGGUGUAGAAUCAUUUCUUAUGUACUCUGUUCAUGAAGGAAUCAGGGGAAUACCUCUUGAACCAAGUGACAAAAUGGAUGCUUUGAUGCCUAUAUCAGGAACUUCAUUUGCUGUGGGAAUAGAUUUCCAUGCAGAAAAUGAUACCAUCUACUGGACAGACAUGGGCUUCAAUAAAAUUAGCCGAGCUAAAAGAGAUCAGACUUGGAAAGAAGACAUCGUUACCAAUGGCUUGGGAAGAGUGGAAGGGAUAGCUAUUGACUGGAUUGCUGGUAACAUAUAUUGGACAGAUCAUGGUUUCAACUUAAUUGAAGUUGCAAGACUCAAUGGUUCUUUCCGUUAUGUAAUUAUUUCCCAAGGCCUGGAUCAACCAAGAUCUAUAGCUGUGCACCCAGAGAAAGGCCUCUUGUUCUGGACUGAAUGGGGACAAAUGCCCUGUAUUGGAAAGGCUCGCUUGGAUGGCUCAGAGAAGGUCGUCCUUGUAAGCAUGGGAAUAGCAUGGCCGAAUGGCAUCUCCAUUGACUAUGAGGAAAAUAAACUGUACUGGUGUGAUGCUCGCACAGACAAGAUAGAGAGAAUCGACCUUGAGACUGGAGGGAAUCGCGAGAUGGUGCUGUCAGGGAACAAUGUGGAUAUGUUUUCCGUUGCAGUCUUUGGGGCUUACAUCUACUGGUCUGACAGAGCACAUGCAAACGGGUCUGUCAGAAGGGGUCACAAGAAUGAUGCCACAGAAACGGUAACCAUGAGAACUGGCCUUGGAGUUAACCUGAAGGAGGUUAAAAUCUUUAACCGAGUAAGAGAGAAAGGGACCAAUAUUUGUGCCAGGGACAAUGGUGGCUGUAAGCAACUCUGUCUUUAUCGAGGAAAUUCCCGGAGAACUUGUGCUUGUGCCCAUGGAUAUUUGGCAGAGGAUGGAGUUACUUGCUUAAGGCAUGAAGGCUAUUUGCUCUAUUCAGGAAGAACAAUAUUAAAAAGUAUACAUCUUUCUGAUGAAACCAAUUUAAAUUCCCCAAUAAGGCCAUAUGAGAAUCCACAUUAUUUCAAGAAUGUCAUAGCCUUGGCUUUUGACUAUAAUCAACAAAGAAAAGGUACCAACCGAAUCUUUUACAGUGAUGCACACUUUGGAAAUAUACAGCUUAUUAAAGAUAACUGGGAAGACAGACAAGUAAUCGUUGAAAAUGUGGGUUCUGUGGAAGGACUUGCCUAUCACAGAGCCUGGGACACACUGUACUGGACAAGCUCCACCACCUCAUCCAUUACCAGACACACGGUGGACCAGACUCGGCCUGGAGCAUUUGACAGGGAAGCGGUCAUCACCAUGUCAGAGGAUGACCACCCACAUGUGCUGGCUUUGGAUGAAUGUCAAAAUUUAAUGUUUUGGACCAAUUGGAAUGAACAACAUCCAAGUAUCAUGAGAUCUACCCUGACUGGGAAAAAUGCACAAGUGGUGGUCAGUACAGACAUACUCACUCCAAAUGGACUCACUAUCGACUACCGUGCAGAGAAGUUGUAUUUCUCAGAUGGCAGUCUAGGAAAAAUUGAAAGGUGUGAAUACGAUGGAUCCCAGAGACAUGUGAUAGUCAAAUCUGGGCCUGGGACUUUCCUCAGUUUGGCUGUUUAUGACAAUUAUAUAUUCUGGUCAGACUGGGGAAGAAGAGCUAUCCUGCGAUCCAACAAGUACACAGGAGGAGAUACAAAAAUCCUUCGUUCCGAUAUUCCACAUCAGCCAAUGGGAAUCAUAGCUGUUGCCAAUGACACCAAUAGCUGUGAACUUUCUCCAUGUGCAUUAUUAAAUGGAGGUUGCCAUGACCUGUGCCUUUUAACUCCCAAUGGGAGAGUGAAUUGUUCCUGCAGAGGGGACCGAAUAUUGUUAGAGGACAACAGAUGUGUGACUAAAAAUUCCUCCUGCAACAUUUAUUCAGAAUUUGAAUGUGGAAAUGGUGAGUGCGUUGACUACCAGCUCACCUGUGAUGGCAUUCCCCAUUGUAAGGAUAAAUCAGAUGAAAAACUGCUCUACUGUGAAAACAGAAACUGUCGAAGAGGCUUCAAACCUUGCUAUAAUCGCCGUUGCAUUCCACUUGGCAAAUUAUGUGAUGGAGAAAAUGACUGUGGAGACAACUCUGAUGAAUUAGAUUGUAAAGUUUCAACCUGUGCCACGGUUGAGUUCCGCUGUGUGGAUGGGACUUGCAUUCCAAGAUCAGCACGAUGCAACCAGAACAUAGAUUGUGCAGAUGCUUCAGAUGAAAAGAAUUGCAAUAACACAGACUGCACACAUUUCUAUAAACUUGGAGUGAAAACUACAGGGUUCAUAAGAUGUAAUUCUACCUCACUCUGUGUUCUGCCAACCUGGAUAUGCGAUGGCUCUAAUGACUGUGGAGACUAUUCAGAUGAAUUAAAGUGCCCAGUUCAAAACAAACACAAAUGUGAAGAAAAUUAUUUUGGUUGUCCUAGUGGAAGAUGCAUUUUAAAUACCUGGAUAUGUGAUGGUCAGAAAGAUUGUGAGGAUGGACUUGAUGAAUUCCAUUGUGAUUCUUCUUGCUCUUGGAAUCAGUUUGCAUGUUCUGCACAAAAAUGUAUUUCUAAGCAUUGGAUUUGUGAUGGAGAGGAUGAUUGUGGGGAUGGAUUAGAUGAAAACGAUAGCAUCUGUGGUGCCGUGACCUGUGCCGCUGAUAUGUUCAGCUGCCAGGGCUCUCAUGCCUGUGUGCCCAGACAUUGGCUUUGUGACGGUGAAAGGGACUGUCCAAAUGGAAGCGAUGAGCUUUCCACAGCAGGCUGCGCUCCCAAUAAUACAUGUGAUGAAAAUGCUUUCAUGUGCCAUAAUAAAGUAUGCAUUCCCAAGCAAUUUGUUUGCGACCGUGAUGACGACUGUGGAGAUGGCUCUGAUGAGUCACCACAGUGUGGAUACCGACAGUGUGGUACAGAAGAAUUUAGAUGUGCUGAUGGGCGUUGUCUUCUAAAUACUCAAUGGCAGUGCGAUGGAGACUUCGACUGCCCUGACCAUUCUGAUGAAGCACCUUUAAACCCAAAGUGUAAAAGUGCAGAACAGUCAUGCAACAGUUCAUUUUUUAUGUGCAAAAAUGGCAGGUGCAUUCCCAGUGGAGGUCUUUGCAACAAUAAGGAUGACUGUGGCGAUGGUUCAGAUGAGAGAAACUGCCAUAUAAAUGAAUGUUUGAGUAAGAAAGUCAGUGGCUGUUCUCAAGACUGUCAGGACCUUCCAAUCAGUUAUAAGUGCAAAUGCUGGCCUGGAUUUCAACUGAAGGAUGAUGGCAAAACAUGUGUAGACAUUGAUGAAUGCUCUUCAGGCUUUCCCUGUAGCCAGCAAUGCAUCAAUACAUAUGGGACUUACAAGUGCCUCUGUACAGAUGGGUAUGAAAUACAACCUGAUAACCCAAAUGGCUGCAAAUCACUCUCAGAUGAAGAACCUUUUUUAAUUCUUGCUGAUCAUCAUGAGAUAAGGAAAAUUAGCACUGAUGGCUCCAACUACACACUUUUAAAACAGGGAUUAAACAACGUUAUUGCUAUAGACUUUGAUUACAGGGAAGAAUUCAUCUAUUGGAUUGAUUCUAGCCGACCCAAUGGCAGUCGCAUAAAUAGAAUGUGUUUAAAUGGAAGUGACAUUAAGGUAGUUCAUAACACAGCGGUCCCCAAUGCACUUGCUGUCGAUUGGAUUGGAAAAAACCUCUAUUGGUCUGACACAGAAAAAAGGAUCAUUGAAGUAUCCAAACUCAAUGGCUUGUACCCUACUAUACUUGUUAGCAAAAGGCUGAAGUUUCCCAGGGACUUGUCUUUAGAUCCACAAGCUGGGUAUUUGUAUUGGAUUGACUGCUGUGAAUAUCCUCAUAUUGGCCGUGUUGGAAUGGAUGGAACCAAUCAGAGUGUUGUCAUAGAAACCAAGAUUUCUCGACCUAUGGCACUAACAAUAGAUUAUGUUAACCAUAGACUCUACUGGGCCGAUGAAAAUCAUAUUGAAUUUAGCAACAUGGAUGGCUCUCAUAGACACAAAGUCCCUAAUCAAGAUAUUCCAGGGGUGAUUGCACUAACAUUGUUUGAAGACUACAUCUACUGGACUGAUGGGAAAACCAAGUCACUGAGCCGUGCCCAUAAAACAUCGGGAGCAGACAGAUUCUCACUGAUUAACUCAUGGCAUGCCAUCACAGAUAUCCAGGUGUAUCAUUCUUAUAGACAACCUGAUGUCUUUAAACAUCUCUGCAUGAUAAAUAAUGGUGGUUGCAGUCACUUGUGCCUUUUAGCCCCUGGAAAAACCCACACUUGUGCAUGUCCCACCAACUUCUAUCUGGCAGCUGAUAACAGGACUUGCUUAUCCAACUGCACAGCCAGCCAGUUUCGUUGCAAAACUGACAAAUGUAUUCCAUUCUGGUGGAAAUGUGACACCGUGGACGACUGUGGUGAUGGAUCUGAUGAACCAGAUGACUGCCCUGAAUUUAAAUGUCAGCCAGGCCGAUUUCAGUGUGGGACUGGACUCUGUGCUCUACCUGCUUUCAUCUGUGAUGGAGAGAAUGACUGUGGAGACAAUUCUGAUGAACUUAACUGUGAUACGCAUGUCUGCCUGUCAGGCCAAUUCAAGUGUACCAAGAACCAGAAAUGCAUCCCAGUAAACCUAAGAUGUAACGGGCAAGAUGACUGUGGUGAUGAAGAAGAUGAAAAAGAUUGUCCUGAAAACAGCUGUUCUCCAGACUAUUUCCAGUGUAAGACUACGAAACACUGCAUUUCCAAGCUGUGGGUUUGUGAUGAGGAUCCAGACUGUGCAGAUGCAUCAGACGAGGCCAACUGUGAUAAAAAGACUUGUGGGCCUCAUGAAUUCCAGUGUAAAAACAACAACUGUAUUCCAGAUCACUGGCGGUGUGAUAGCCAAAAUGACUGCAGUGAUAAUUCAGAUGAAGAAAACUGUAAGCCACAGACAUGUACAUUGAAAGAUUUCCUCUGUGCCAAUGGGGACUGUGUUUCUUCAAGGUUUUGGUGUGAUGGAGAUUUUGACUGUGCAGAUGGCUCUGAUGAGAGAAAUUGUGAGAUGAGUUGUUCCAAAGAUCAGUUUCAAUGUUCCAAUGGUCAGUGUAUACCAGCAAAGUGGAAAUGUGAUGGCCAUGAAGACUGUAAAUAUGGGGAAGAUGAGAAAAGCUGUGAGCCAGCUUCUCCUACUUGCUCAUCAAGUGAAUAUAUAUGUGCCAGUGGAGGAUGUAUGUCAGCAUCUUUGAAAUGUAAUGGAGAAUAUGAUUGUGCUGAUGGUUCAGAUGAGAUGGACUGUGUGACUGAAUGUAAGGAAGAUCAGUUUCGGUGCAAAAAUAAAGCCCACUGUAUUCCAAUUAGAUGGCUGUGUGAUGGAAUUCAUGACUGUGUGGAUGGCAGUGAUGAAGAAAACUGUGACAGAGGAGGAAAUAUAUGUAGAGCUGACGAGUUCCUUUGCAAUAAUUCUCUUUGCAAACUACAUUUCUGGGUGUGUGAUGGAGAAGACGACUGUGGAGACAACUCUGAUGAAGCCCCUGAUAUGUGUGUCAAAUUUCUUUGUCCACCUACAAGACCUCACAGAUGCAGAAAUAACAGAAUAUGCCUACAGUCUGAGCAAAUGUGCAAUGGGAUUGAUGAUUGUGGGGACAACUCAGAUGAAGAUCACUGUAGUGGUAAGCUUACAUAUAAAGCAAGGCCUUGUAAAAAGGAUGAGUUUGCUUGUAGUAAUAAAAAAUGCAUCCCUAUGAAUCUCCAGUGUGAUAGACUUGAUGAUUGCGGAGAUGGUUCAGAUGAGCAAGGAUGCAGAAUAGCUCCUACUGAUUAUACCUGUGAAGACAAUGUGAAUCCAUGUGGAGAUGAUGCAUAUUGUAAUCAAAUAAAAACAUCUGUUUUCUGUCGCUGUAAGCCUGGAUUUCAGAGAAACAUGAAAAACAGAAAAUGUGAAGACCUUAAUGAAUGUUUGGUGUUUGGCACAUGUUCCCAUCAAUGUAUAAAUGUGGAAGGAUCAUAUAAAUGUGAGUGUGACCAGAAUUUUCAAGAAAGAAAUAACACCUGCAUAGCAAAAGGCUCUGAAGAUCAAGUUCUCUACAUUGCUAAUGACACUGAUAUCCUGGGUUUUAUAUAUCCAUUCAACUACAGUGGCGAUCAUCAACAAAUUUCUCAUAUUGAACAUAAUUCAAGAAUAACAGGGAUGGAUGUAUAUUAUCAAAGAGAUAUGAUUAUUUGGAGUACUCAAUUUAAUCCAGGCGGAAUUUUCUACAAAAGGAUCCAUGGCAGAGAAAAAAGGCAAGCAAACAGUGGCUUGAUUUGUCCUGAAUUUAAAAGGCCCAGGGACAUUGCAGUUGACUGGGUGGCUGGAAACAUUUACUGGACUGAUCAUUCUAGAAUGCACUGGUUCAGUUACUACACUACUCACUGGACAAGUCUGAGGUACUCUAUCAACGUAGGGCAGCUGAAUGGCCCCAACUGCACCAGACUCUUAACAAAUAUGGCUGGAGAACCCUAUGCUAUUGCUGUAAAUCCUAAAAGAGGGAUGAUGUACUGGACUGUUGUUGGGGACCACUCUCACAUAGAAGAAGCAGCCAUGGACGGUACACUGAGAAGGAUUUUAGUACAAAAGAACAUACAGAGACCCACAGGUUUGGCUGUGGAUUAUUUUAGUGAACGCAUAUAUUGGGCUGACUUUGAGCUCUCCAUCAUUGGCAGUGUUCUGUAUGAUGGCUCUAAUUCAGUAGUUUCCGUCAGCAGCAAACAAGGCUUAUUACAUCCACAUAGGAUCGAUAUCUUUGAAGACUACAUAUAUGGAGCAGGCCCCAAAAAUGGUGUAUUUCGAGUACAAAAAUUUGGCCAUGGUUCAGUAGAAUACUUAGCUUUAAAUAUUGAUAAAACAAAAGGUGUUUUGAUAUCUCAUCGUUAUAAACAACUAAACUUACCCAAUCCAUGCUUGGAUUUAGCAUGUGAAUUCCUCUGCUUGCUGAAUCCUUCUGGGGCCACUUGUGUGUGUCCAGAAGGAAAAUAUUUGAUUAAUGGCACCUGCAAUGAUGACAGCCUGUUAGAUGAUUCAUGUAAAUUAACUUGUGAAAAUGGAGGAAGGUGCAUUUUCAAUGAGAAGGGUGAUUUGAGGUGUCACUGUUGGCCUAGUUAUUCAGGAGAAAGAUGUGAAGUCAACCACUGUACCAACUACUGCCAGAAUGGAGGAACUUGUAUACCAUCAGUUCUAGGGAGACCCACCUGUAGCUGUGCACUCGGUUUCACUGGGCCCAACUGUGGUAAGACAGUCUGUGAGGAUUUUUGUCAAAAUGGAGGAACCUGCAUUGUGACUGCUGGAAACCAGCCUUACUGCCACUGCCAGCCAGAAUACACCGGAGACAGAUGUCAGCACUAUGUGUGUCACCACUAUUGUGUGAAUUCUGAAUCAUGUACCAUUGGGGAUGAUGGAAGUGUUGAAUGUGUCUGUCCAACACGCUACGAAGGACCAAAAUGUGAGAUUGACAAGUGUGUAAGGUGCCAUGGGGGGCACUGCAUUAUAAAUGAAGACAGUGAAGAUAUAUUUUGCAACUGCACUAAUGGAAAGAUUGCCUCUAGCUGUCAGUUAUGUGAUGGCUACUGUUACAAUGGUGGCACAUGCCAGCUGGACCCCGAGACCAAUGUACCAAUGUGUCUAUGCUCCGCCAACUGGUCAGGCACACAGUGUGAAAGGCCAGCCCCCAAAAGCAGCAAGUCUGAUCAUAUCAGCACAAGAAGCAUUGCCAUCAUUGUGCCUCUCGUCCUCUUGGUGACUUUGAUAACCACCUUAGUAAUUGGUUUAGUGCUUUGUAAAAGAAAAAGAAGGACAAAAACAAUUAGAAGACAACCUAUUAUCAAUGGAGGAAUAAAUGUAGAAAUUGGCAAUCCAUCUUAUAACAUGUAUGAGGUAGAUCACGAUCACAACGAUGGAGGUCUUUUAGAUCCUGGCUUUAUGAUAGACCCAACAAAGGCCAGGUACAUAGGAGGGCCCAGUGCAUUCAAGCUUCCACACACAGCGCCGCCCAUCUACUUAAACUCUGAUUUGAAAGGACCACUAACUGCUGGGCCAACAAAUUACUCCAAUCCAGUGUAUGCAAAAUUAUAUAUGGAUGGGCAAAACUGUCGAAACUCCUUAGGAAGUGUUGAUGAAAGGAAAGAACUGCUUCCAAAGAAAAUAGAAAUUGGUAUAAGAGAGACAGUGGCAUAAUCAGUGAUCCCUUUUAUAUGCUGUAUAAAUGUAUAAAAUAUAAGGAUUACUUUUGUAUGUUCCAACAGUAUUAUACUUGUUUUGGCAUCAGCAUUACCUCUUUCUUUAUCUUUUUCCUGAUUAAUUGUUUUCUGAGUUUUUUGGGUUUUAUUUUUUGCUGAUGACUAUUGAUUGACCAUUUGUAUGGAAUUUUUAUGAAAAAGAACUGCACUACAGUACAAUUUACAACAAUGCUGCUGAUGACACACCUUUGAAUUUGUUAAAAUUAAAAACAACAUAUUCCUUUGUAGUGUGAAUAUGAGCAAUCUAUUUUAUAUGAACUCUUUUGGUUGUACUUAAUCAACAAAGAGAAUCUCUGCACUUUUCCAUUAUAUGGUUUGAAAGCUGUAAUACAGUCUCAUUUUACUUUUCUGUUUAAAUUGAUGGAAAAAUGAGAGAAUGGUCAGCUCUCUUCUUUGUGCCCAUAAUGGUUGUUUCAGACUCUGCUGAAAAUAUCUAGCUCUCACAAGUUCAGCAUCACCUGCUUUGAAAUUAGCCUUAGAUUGCCAAGCAAUAGAUGAGAAUUUUGAGGACAAAAUUUAAAAGUAUAUAAACUUAAUAAUUUGCAUGAACACAGAUGACUAUAUUUUCCAAAACUUAGUGGACUCUAUGUGAUGUAUUAAAUGUAUACACCUUGUAAGCAAUAGUUAUAUUUAGGUGGUAGAACACAGCAAAAAUGUAACUGAAAGUUGGCAGACUGCACUUGCUAUGGGAAAAGACCUUUUGUUCUUCCUCAGUCUCGAGAAAGAUAGCCAGCCUGGAGCACAACAGGGCAUUGGGUACUUGUGUCUUAUGUAAUUUUUCCCAAUCACAGGCAUUUUCAGGAAGAUUAACCCAACCCCUUACCACACUGAACACUAAAGAAUAAUAUAUAAGCACACAAAUUGAUGACAGAAUUUCAAUUAUGUGAGUACAUCCUCUUUGCUAGGUCAAAAGCAAAGGGCAAAGCAGACAUUUUAGGAUAUAGAGUGAUUGGUAAAUAUUUUCAAGAUACAAUAUAACUAAUCUGUUGUUAGCCCUAUCCAAAAUAUAUUCAAGGACCUUCCAAGUUGUAGAAUGAUCUGUCCAUAAUCAAAGGUGGAGAGUCUAAAUGCUGUACCAGUUGCUCUGGUAUUCAGGUUCCUUUGGGUUUUACAGAACACGUGGACCCCAUCACAUUUGGUUUGUUUACCUUCAAAUUUGAGUUGAAACAAGUGUGAUUUAUUUAAGUUGUAAAAAAAAAAAAAGGAUAGCAUUUUUAUACAAAUAUCUUUAAAGGCACAAAAGAUUUAUUCACAAGUUUUGGAGGGCUUUUUGUUCCUCUGAUAGACAUGACUGACUUUUAGCUGUCAUACUGUAUUAAUCUAACAGAUGAAAUAUGUUAAAUAUGUGGUUGCUCUUUAUCCCUUUGUACAAGCAUUAAAAAAAUUGCUGUUUUAUAAGAAGACUUUUUGUUGUACUAUGUGCAUGCAUACUACCUAUUUCUAAACUCUGCCAUAUUGAGGCCUUUAUAAACUAUUGAUUUAUGUAAUACUAGUGCAAUUUUGCUUGAACAAUGUUAUGCAUAUCAUAAACUUUUUCAGGUUCUUGUUUAAGUACAUUUUUUAAAUUGAACAGUAUUUUUCAUUUUGGUUAUAAUAUAGUCAUUUUGCCUAUGUUUCUACAAUGAAGUGUUAAAUACUUUAUAAAAAAUUGUUGACUGACUUAUUUAAAAUGAAAUUCUACAUAUUUAA